GCUGCUGGAGGGAGAGGGGAAGGCGAGCAGAGGCUGGAGCAGUCCUGGCAGCUGAGAGCUCGCUGCCGGCCAAGGGCAGCACAGGCAGCCGCUCGCUCUCGGCGUCUUAUCGCAGCACCGGGCAGAGCUCCCUCCCUCUGUCUGUCUGUGUGUGCAGAGCAAUCCACAGCGAAGCCUCAGCAUCAGAAGAAGCUCAGCGAUUCUCAGCCUGCUUUCGGUACAUAGUGUGGCAUUGGGGCUGGCUGCAACCCUCCAAGAACAGUCACUAAAGUGUCCCUAGUUAGUUUAUCUGUAAUAUACAGUGCAUCACAUAUAUAUAUAUAUAUAGAUUAUAUAUAAAGUUGUACCAGGGUUUUAAUUUAAGACAUUCCCCUGGUAGCAAGGCUGGCUCGGGGCUUUUUGCUUUUGCCCGAUCUGUUUUCUGGUUACAAUUGUUAAACCAACAUGCCAAGCAAAACCAAAUACAACUUAGUGGAUGACGGUCACGACUUGCGGAUUCCUUUGCACAACGAAGAGGCUUUCCAGCAUGGGAUCAGCUUCGAGGCGAAGUACAUCGGGACAUUGGAUGUACCCAGACCAAACAGCAGAGUGGAGAUCGUUGCUGCUAUGAGAAGGAUCAGGUAUGAAUUCAAAGCCAAGAACAUCAAGAAAAAGAAAGUGAAUAUAAUGGUAUCAGUGGAUGGUGUCAAAGUCCUCCUCAGAAAGAAGAAGAAGAUGGCCAAGAGUCUAGAAGCUAAGGACGAAGACAGGAGAGUGACCCCGACUUCAUUCUGGAUGACUCUCCUUAAAAAGGAGUGGACCUGGGAUGAGAGCAAGAUGCUGAUUAUGCAGGAUCCUAUCUACAGGAUAUUCUAUGUGUCUCAUGACUCCCAAGACCUCAAGAUCUUCAGUUACAUUGCCAGGGAUGGUUCCAGCAACAUUUUCAGAUGCAAUGUCUUCAAAUCUAAAAAGAAGAGCCAAGCAAUGAGGAUAGUGCGAACUAUAGGGCAAGCCUUUGAGGUGUGCCACAAGCUGAGUCUCCUACACACUGAGCAAAAUGCGGGUGGAGAGGAGGACCGAGGAAGUGAAGACAGUGCUGAAAACAGCAACGUCCCAGCUCAACUGCUUACUGACGCAGAGAAGGAGGCUUCGGAAGAGACUGAUAUAGACGCCAUCGAUCCACCUCUACACGAUGGUGCAGUGGGUGAUUUCAGCCGAGGUGUGACUGACUUAGAUGCGGUACGCAAAGAACAGGAUCUUCACAAAGUCAAAAAGUCCCAUGACGACAGCCCCAGCAUUUUGAUGGCCACUCCCAAGAUGCUGCUUCCUUCAGCGAGCCAGCUGCCGUCAGGUACCCUGCUCUCGGUUCACCACCAGAUCCAACUCCUUCAGCAGCAGCUACAGCAGCAACAGCAGCAGACACAGGUGGCCGUCGCUCAGGUCCAUUUACUGAAGGAUCAGUUGGCAGCAGAAGCUGCAGCUCGGAUUGAGGCCCAGGCUCAUGUCCAUCAGCUACUGCUCCAGAACAAGGAUCUGCUCAAACACAUAUCGCUGCUCGUGAAGCAAGUGCAGGAGUUGGAGCUCAAACUAUCUGGCCACAGUUCAACAGGCUCGCAGGACAGUUUGUUGGAAAUCACCUACCGAUCGACUGUGCCACCAGUGCUGUGCGACCCCACAACACCCAAACCUGAGGACAUCUGCCUCCCGCCGCUAUGUGACGGAUCGGACCUCCCUCUUCCUCUGGGAAGUCCGCUAGUUGACCAAAGCAUGUUUGAGAAUUCUAAUACCGCCCCCACGCCAAAACUUCACCAUGGCAGGGCUGCCUCCACUAAAGCAGCCCUAGCUGGCUCCUCGACGACCAUUGCUGCUGAAUCAGGCGGGAGAUCGGGCAGUGGAGGCAUCAACAGCCAGCACCUUAAGAGCGCCAUCAACCUGGGGAAGGCCAUGGGAGCAAAGGUCAACGACCUGCUUCGAAGAAAGGAGCAGAGUACUACAAUGGAUGUCGGCGUGACUGAGGUCAACAAGAAUGCAGAGGGGGUGGUUUCAAUGGCGGGCAGGGAUGAGAAAGGACCUGCGGACAACAAUGGAAUACAAGGCUUUUUGGACACCUUCCCUCGACUAGAGCCACCGCCACCAACGGUCAAAAAGAGGGCACCUCGGGCGCUGAAGACUACUCAGGACAUGAUGAUAUCAUCGGUGCCGGUGGUUAACAGUAGUGAUGUUUCUGACCCAUCCAUCUUAGACCCUGAGGAAACUGAGCUGCAAAAGAACGGAGCAGCCGGAAGUAAGGCCGAUGGUAUCAAAACUGCCCUCGCGAGCAGCGUGGAGAAUUUAACUUCCACUGCUGAGGCCAAAUCAGAGAGUGAGCUGUGCAGCACACUGGAGAAUGUAGCAGACAUUGCCAAGCCAGCCCUCUCUGUACCUGAUCUUCUAAACAAAGAGCCUGUGGACGCCAAACUCAAGCCAACUACUGGCCAUGAGAAACAGAUGACCCCCUCCCCGCAUCCAGACAAGGCUUGCUUGCGGAUCAGCAUUAGUGAAGAUGACCUUUUAGGGAAUGACUCUGAGAACUCUGGAGUGCUACGGCGAAGAUGCUCAAGUGUAGAAAAUGAAGAACACCACCCAGACUUGCUAUCAUUCGACUAGGUUGUGGUGGGGAUCUUGCUUCACUGGCUGAAACCGGAACACCAGUGUCCCCUUUCUGCUGAAUGGUCUCAAAAGGGAGGAAUUCACUGGAAUGUGCUUUAGCCUUUUCUGAAGUUUCACACCAAACCUCAUGACUUUUAUUCUUUUGAAAUGUGUUUCUGCCUCCUGGAGUUUGGUGUCAUGGUUGAACAAGGGGGUGUAAUUAUCACCGUGGGUGUCCUUUCUUAGGCAGCAGUUUGGCUUUGACCCUGAGCCUUAAAUGGACUGAGAGGCCAACUUUACACUCAUCAUAGGAAGGCCACCAAUCGCUAGUGCUGCUUCCCGAGGGUAAAUUGUCCAGAGUACACUUGGAACAUUGUGAGAAGGCUAAAGUAGAAUGCAGGGAAUUUUUGGAACUGGGCCUUGAACUUACACUAGAGCACAAAUGGCAUAUGCAUUUGCCCUAAAUUCCUCUGUCCCAUUUUUAACUGUGCAGUUAACCUAUUUAUUUUAAACAAAUUAAUCCCUCUGCUAAAAUAGCAGAGCGACUAAGUUCGGACCAACCCAUCAACCAUUCAUACCUCCUAUCUCACAAUAUAAUCUCAAAGCCUAGAUUUUAAUGCUAAUUAAAUGCAUAAAACUCAGCAAAUCCAGAUAUGGUUCUACCUGUUCACCAAAGUGACUAAUAACCUUUUACCAUAUACAAAGCCUAUGUGUAUCAAGACAACAUUAAGUGCCUGAAUUACGCCUUGUGCACUUGCAGCAUUAUCAUAGUAAAAUUUUGUUUUGUCAACACCUCAUUAAAUAUUCUUUCAUACAAAACACUUUCUGCAAACUGACUGCAAAAUGAAGUAAACAUUACAGUCUGUUGGGAGUGCUAUGUAGAUUAUUUGGGAAAAUAAAGUAUUGGAAUCUUAAAAUCAGAGCAAGGGAAACUGUAGGCAAGGAAUAUACAGUGAUUCAUAAUUUUAAAAAUGAAAGGUAAUGUAGCUUUUUUUUAGGAAAAAAGGAUUUAUUUUAGGUUAAUAUUACUGCAUCACUGACUAAAUCAAAUAAAUCUUUAUAAAGUGCAUCAUUUCAUUAAUAAAUCCAUACUACCUUCAUAAUAAUCUGUUUGAGGCAGCACAUCCUGUUUGAGGAAGUGGAUUAUUUAAAUGUACCACAAUUUGCUUACUUACCAAUUGUAUGUCCAACCGAUAGCUGCUCCCUGUACUUAUAGACCCUGCACAUUCAAACUAACAUACAAUGUGCUGCCCUGCAGAAUUCCUGUCUAGACAGGAAUUAUUUCCAAAGGUAUUUCAGUGAAGUCAAAUUUUAGUUUAUGGUUUAUUAGUUUUAAUUAUGUCUGUUACUCAGAAUGUAGCAGAGUUUCUGUAACAGAAGAGGGCAAUUUCUCUCCCCUCCAACACCAACCCCAGCCCUCCAUUCCUAUCCAUAUCCACAUCUGUAUCCAUAUCCACAUGUAUAUCUAUCUCAGAUUUGCUCAUUACCACAGCAGGAAUGAAGAGGGAAUUAUGCAUCCAUCUGCACAUAAGUCAAAAUAGUUGUUUAGUAGUAUUGCUGAAAAAAGACAGUGUUGUUGAAGCUUUUCAUCUUGCACUCAUCAGGACAAUUCUCAAGAUUACCAAAUGUAAAGGGAACAACAAUUUGUACUUAGUGAA